AUGGCACAAAACUCUACUCCGGGUUUGACUCCGGUCAUCAAUACUAGAGCUGGCGAUAAAUCUGCUAGUCAAAAAAUUUCCGACGACGAGUUCGAAGUGACGUCACCAACAGACCUGACCUUCCGACAGUCUAAUACCGGUGCUUCGCCGCCAGGCACUGCUUUAUUUGGAGGUACUGCAUUUGCGGAGGGAGGACCACAAGCGGGAAGAUCGUUGUUCAGUCGGAGUCCCUUCCAGGAUACGGCAGAGGAGGAGAGUGAACAGGAGGGGGAGCUAGCCCCCCUCCCGGCACGAUCCGCACAACAAGGAUUCCCUAGCAAUUAUGCGCUGGGUCGUCGGACAUCUGUUUCAGCAGAAUCUUUAAAUCCCACCGAAGCUGGUUCGGAGAGCUGGUCCCCUCCUCACCACCCAAAGACUGAAGAACAGGUCUCCCGGCUUAAGAGCGCCGUCAGUAGCAAUUUCCUCUUCUCCCACCUCGACGAUGAUCAAUUCUUGACUGUCCUCAACGCUCUCGUUGAGAAGCCCAUCCCUGCGAAGGAUAUCAAGGUUAUCUCCCAAGGUGACGCCGGUGAUUACUUCUACAUCGUGGAGAAGGGAAACUUUGACGUCUAUAUCCACUCCUCCGGCUCUGUGCAGCCUGGCCCUGAUGGAUUGGGCAACAAGGUCGCUAGCAUUGGACCUGGAGGAUCUUUCGGCGAACUGGCUCUGAUGUACAAUGCCCCACGUGCUGCGACUGUGAUCUCCACUGAGCCAAAGAGCAAUUUGUGGGCCCUCGACCGCAUUACCUUCCGCCGCAUCCUAAUGGACUCAGCAUUCCAACGUCGUCGCAUGUACGAGGCUUUCCUGGAGGAAGUCCCGCUGCUUUCUUCUCUGAAGCCAUAUGAGCGCUCGAAGAUCGCUGAUGCGCUGGACACCAUCAAGUACCCCGCUAAUUCCACCAUCAUCCACGAAGGCGAUCCUGGAGAUGCUUUCUAUCUUUUGGAAUCGGGCGAAGCCGAGGCUACCAAGAACGGUGUCUCCGGGCCCGUCAAGAACUACCGCCGAGGUGAUUACUUCGGCGAGCUUGCCUUGCUGGACGACAAGCCGCGCCAGGCAAGCAUCAGUACCAAGACAGAUGUGAAGGUGGCACGGUUGGGUCGGGAUGGAUUCAAGCGGCUUCUCGGUCCCGUGGAGGGCAUGAUGAGAGGCGCCGAGUAUGAAUUGGAUGGGGAGAAAUCUCCUGUCUCCAAAGCAAUGUGA